AGCACAAGCGAUAAAAUGGAGACCCAAACAAACACAGUACAAAGUAAACAACAGCAAAUUCACAGACGAGUACAGCAGAAAAUUGCCGGACAAUAUUUGGAUCAUGUAGACCCAGAUGGUGUAUUUGUUCGGGAAUUCUUCCCAGAAAAGCUAGCAGAAUUCAAACAGAUUGACAGUGACACAAAGAAGAAGUUUGAUAUUCAACACAGGAAAUACAGAAAGUCUGAGUCAGCGUACAGUAUACAGAAUGUCUGCUGGCUGAUUGCAUCUAUGGCUGUGUUUUACUACACAGACUUCUAUCGAGCAGUAUUAUAUGACCCCAGAAUUCUCAGGCUGUGGUUUAAUGUGGGCGUGGUCCUGGUGGGCGUUAACAUCUGUAUCGCCCUGUUCCUCAUCGUCUACCUGUCCUUCAUCAAGAAGGUCCACUCUGAUGAAUGGGAGAGUCGAUAUCCUGCCGCCAUACCAGUUGCCUCUGCUGCCUUUGUUGUUGGGGGCAUUUUUAUGACAGUUGGCUUGUGGCCCGUGUGGGGGAUCUUCACUCCGGCCAUCCUCAUUGUUUUCCUCAUGGGCUUUGUGGUGCUCAUUGCCAUGAUGCCGAACUUCUGACCUGGACAUUUCAACUUGCAGACUGGAAUGAGCUACAUUUAUGAUAUACGCACUUUCAUUUUCUGUUCACUGUAAUGAGCAAGUAACACAGUCGUUAAUCUUGUGUUAAUUGUCAUAGUUUUUCAUCAUGACCAUGAUGUCCACUUUCUGACAUACAAAGGUAUACAUGGACUCACAUAGUUCUGUCCGUUCACUGUUAUGUUUUUAAGGAUUAAAAUGUAUUUCAUGUUCAUAUAUUAUGCAAUCUUGAAUGCUCUGGUCAAAAUUCCCUAUAAUUAAUUUCAACCUCUCUGUGUGUUCUAAUUGUUUUAAUUAAUGAGUUAUAUCAAGUCAAACUAAGAAGAACCUCUGUUAUAACCAUUUAACGUUUGUUCAAGCUGCGCUCUCACAGAAUGACCGUUCUGACCCUUUUAUUUUUAUUUAAAUGAGCCAAUUUUUGCAUAAAGGUCUGGAAUCAGGGAUAUAAGAUUGCUGACAAAAGAUCGGAUAGUAGUUUUUUUAUAUUUAAAUGAUCACCAUUUAAUGUUUGUUACAGCUGUGCUCUCACAGAUUGACCGUCAUGAAACUUUUUUAUAAUAUUGCUUGGAAUGAGCCAAUUUUUGCAUAAAUGUCUGGAAACCAGUGAAAUAAUACUACUGACAAAAGAUCGAAUAGUUUUUUUUUAAUAUUUAAGUCAGAAAAUUAUGUUUUAUGGCUUAAAACUUCACUGAUGCUUUAAGAAAAGAGUUUUUCAAACAAGUGAGAUCUGUUCUAUUGAAGGCAUUGAUGCUAAAAUCAGCUGAUUCUGAGACAAAAGUUAAAAGAAAAGUGAAAACUGUCAAUCUGUGAGAGUGCAGAAAUGUUAUUAACAAUGUAAAUAUAGUCAUUUCAUCUUAUACUUUGUUAUGGGCAACUGGCACACAUUAAUACCAGACUCAUAAAUUCAAACUUUCAUAUUUAUCUGAACCAGAAGCAUCCCAAGGUUCAUAAGAUUGUUAUAAACGUUUACCUGGUUCUGUAUAUUUUACAAAACAUUUUCUUCAUGUGGAAUAUGUCAGUUGAGAAAUAGCACACUUUGCUUUGUUAAUACAAAACCUGUUGGCUGUUUUGUAAUGGGGACCAAGGGGAAAACUGCCUGUAUCGGCUCAUAGAUCAUGUUUGAUUGUACAUGUACAUGUUUAUACGAGGGCAUAUCAGAAAAUAUGUGGACUCUAUAUAUGAAACAUUCAAUUUAGAUGAUAGUUAAAUCUAUGUAUUUCACAAACAGUAUUAGGGCCUAUUUUUUGAAAGUGCAUAAACUCAUCAAUGUACAUUGAUUUUUCUUGAUGAAGUAAUAUCUUUUAAAGGUGAGGUUGAGCAUGCCCAACGGCGUCAAGUGAGUUAUCUUUUUUAAUCAAAGUGCAAAAUGAACUUCGUCUUGUUUUGUUCUAAAAUAAUGAUAGUAGUCGUUAUUAUUUUUUUUAAAUAUUUUUAGAUUACAACUUAAAACAUGUUUUAGCCACAACACCAUUGCAAUAUUUUACUACCCAUAAAGCUCCAUUAUUUUCAAAUGUGCAUGCUUACAUAUCAUGCAAUGCUGACUGAGAGAAGACCGUAAUUCUAUGUUUUUCCAUUUGCAUUUGAGGGUGUCUUAUUGGUGAAUUAGAAAUAUCAGGACUGUUCAAUGCUAACCUAAUUUAUUUAACAAAUUGAUGAGUGUUAUAGCUACAUCUGCAUGUAUCAUGUUUGAAUCCAACUCUCACUGAAAAAAUACAAGAAAUUCCUGUUCCAUACAUAUACAUGACACCAUUCUUUCUUUUUGUGGUUACAUUCGUGCAUUAAAGUCUGAUUCUUAGAAAUCUUGAUUCAGAUUUUUUUUAACAUUUUACUUCUGAUACAUAAGGGCAUACAGUGUCACAGUAAUGUAGCAAUAUUAUAAGUUCCGGGGUUAGUAGGUGACGCGAUAUGGGAUAUAUGAGGCAAAGGAAACCAUAUCUGGUGAGAGCGAAGCUCGAACCUGAAUAUGGUUUCCUAACUUAUUGUUAUUGUGUCUGCCGUCUCAGCUGUUAAUUGCUUAUACAAACAUCAAAUACCAUAUAUUUGCUGCAUUUUGUUCAUAUUCCUUGCAUUUUUGUAAAAAGAUUGCUUUCAGUGAAAAAAAUAUGACAUAAAAACAUAAAGUUUUAUUAAAGUUGUUUAGAAAUCAAAUCCACAUAUUUUUUUAUCCACCCUCAUAUUUUGUUUAAAAAAUCUGUUCAUGUUUUAAAGUGUUAUGCUUUCUGUCUGUCUGUCUGUUCAUGUUUCACUCAGUAAAUUGUUUAUUUAUUUAUAGUUUUAUACAUAAUUGUUCUCUUUAAUAAAUUAUCAAAUACUUUACAUAUGUGUUAU